UCAUCAGUUGGCUGAUAAGUAGAUAACAGAUGAAGAGGAAACAGCAGUUUAUUAGCAGAGAGCUGAAGAGUCGGACAGACUGAGAGGAGACGGACGUGGACCUGACAUGGAUCACCUGCUGCUGGUUCUGCUGCUGCUGUGGGGCUCAGGUGUUCAGUGUGAAACAGGAAAAGUCGACCUCGUGAUUUUGGUGGAUGAGUCUGAGAGCAUUAGCAAUCAAGACUUUUUAACAAUUCAAAGGAUUCUUGCUGACUUCAUCCAAAAGCUAAACAUCAGCACUGAUGCAGUCCAGAUUGGUCUGACUUUGUUCAGUGAUUUUCCAAGGACCGCAUGGAACCUGAACACCUACAAGACCAAAGCAUCAGUGCUGAGAGCCAUAGAAGAUCUACAACAAACUGGUGGAGGCACCAACACAGGAGUAGCUCUGAAACACAUCCUCCGUAACCAGUUUAAACCCACUGUGGGAAUGCGCCCAGACUCCAGAAAGAUUGCUGUUCUGAUUACAGACGGGAAAUCCCAGGAUAAUGUACUUCUUCCCUCAAAGAACCUGAGAGACACCGGCAUCGAGGUCUACACUAUCGGUGUGAAAUAUGCCAGUCUGAGGGAACUGUUGUCGAUCAGCUCUGAUCCGGAUAAAGUUUACUUCGCCAACAGUUUUGACUCCCUCCAGGACAACACAUUCACCAUCGACUUCUCUAACAGUGUUAAUGUGUUAGACUCUGUCAGGCUGCUGAAUGGUUCCAGUCUGUGUUCAGGCAGACUGCAGGUGAAGUCUAACCAGAGAUGGUCCUCAGUGUGUGAAGAUGACUUUGACCUGCAGGAUGCAGAGGUGGGCUGCAGGGAGCUUGGCUGUGGGCCUCCUUCGCUCCUCCAGGGGGCGCUCUAUGGAGAAGUGGAGGCUCCAGUGUGGAGCAGAGAGUUCCAGUGUGGAGGCCAUGAGUCUGCUCUCCUGGACUGUAGAAGCUCAGGCUCAGUGAGAAGCAGCUGCUCACCUGGCAAAGCUGCUGGACUCACCUGCUCAGAGCCUGUCAGGUUGGUGGGAGGAGCCAGUCGCUGUGCAGGUACGCUGGAGGUGAGACGAGGAGAGUGGAGACCAGUGGCGAUGGAAAUCUGGAACCUGAAGGAUGCAGCUGCUGUCUGUGGACAGAUGAACUGUGGUUCUGCUGUUUCUGUAGGAAAUACACAGAAUUCUUCACAGAGGUCGGUGUGGUGGGUGGAGUCACUCUGUGUUCAGGCUGGAUAUGCUCUGAAAGAGUGCGCAUCAGCAGAUCACUCUUCCUCCACCCUCGAUAUCACCUGUUCAGACUCUGUCAGGCUGCUGAAGGGUUCCAGUCUGUGUUCAGGCAGACUGCAGGUGAAGUCUAACCAGAGAUGGUCCUCGGUGUGUGAAGAUGACUUUGACCUGCAGGAUGCAGAGGUGGUCUGCAGGGAGCUUGGCUGUGGGCCUCCUUCGCACCUCCAGGGGGCGCUCUAUGGAGAAGUGGAGGCUCCAGUGUGGAGCAGAGAGUUCCAGUGUGGAGGCCAUGAGUCUGCUCUCCUGGACUGUAGAAGCUCAGGCUCAGUGAGAAGCAGCUGCUCACCUGGCAAAGCUGCUGGACUCACCUGCUCAGAGCCUGUCAGGUUGGUGGGAGGAGCCAGUCGCUGUGCAGGUACACUGGAGGUGAAACAGGGACUGUGGAGAUCUGUGGAGGCCUCAGGCUGGACCCUGAAGGAUGCAGCUGUUGCCUGCAGAGAGCUGGACUGUGGCUCUGCUGUUUUAACAGGAAGCAGAAAUGCAUCCUGGGAUGGACCAACGUGGAAGAUCAAACCUGCCUGUGUUAAAUCUGGAUCUACACUGAGGGAGUGUGCCACAUCAUCCCAGUCACCCACCGUCCUGGAGCUCAUCUGCUCAGACCUGCUGGUUCAGCCAAUCAUCUCAGCGUCCUUCUCGUCCAAUGACGGGGACUCCCAGGUCCAGCAGCAGGAGUCUUCUUGGGUGUUAAAAGGCUCCAGCUUCACCAUCAGCUGCUCCAUCCAGCCUCAGUACCCAGGAGGCUCUUUCCAGCUCACCUUCACCUCCUCCAACACCACCAGCAACUACACCCAGCCAGCUGUCAAUCACUCUGCCCACUUCCUGUUCCCUGCUGCAGAGCCCGCCCACCAAGGAACCUACAGCUGUGUUUAUCGCGUCUUCGUGUUUUCUCGUAACUUCUCCUCUGAGAGCCGUCAGCUGUCUCUCACUGUCUCAGAUCCAACAGUGUUUGUCAUCAGACUGCUGCUCCUGCUGCUGAGCCUGCUGCUCUUCAUCUCUGCCGUCUGUUUCAGCCAUAAGGUCACCGGGAGGCAGGAGCCCCGCCCACAGGAGGACCAGGAGCUGGAUGGUUAAAGCUGGCAGUGUCCAGAAAAGCAGGCAGCUCAGCAGCGCCUCCACAUGGUGGAGGAAGUGUUUGCAUCCUUCACCACAGUGUGAAGAUGAAGAACAACCACAGUAUCAUUUAUACUUUUGCUUAUGCUGUAUCGUGAUUGUGAUGAUUGUUGUGAUUAUUAGUUUUGCGUUUAUAUUAUAUUCUUAAGAAAAAAAAGUUUAACAUUUGAUGGUAUCAGACACGUCGGGCAGGUGUGAGCUGGUGUUGUGGUUGGACACAGGUGAACUAAACCUUUUAAGGUGGAUCUCACCACAGGACACUGUUCUCAUCAAGUUCAUUCUCAGCAUGACAGCAAAGACGUUCCACUGGAGCUGUCAGAUCCAUCCACAAAACAUGGUCCCACUUUCUGCUCGCUACUUCAGCAUGCAUGUUUGAUUACAGUGCUUUGUCUGUAGGUUACAUAUUAAUGUAAUUUUUACUUGUCCAUACAACAUGAUAUGAGCCAGGAGUCAUAAACGUGGGGUCCUCCAUCAGCAUCUCACAGCACGUUGUGCAAAGCUUUUGCAGCAUCAGCCUCAAUAAAACAUGGUCUGGUACUCUGCAGUAAAUGUAACCAUCUCCUCAUGAUCUCUGUGAGGUGACCCUUGUCCAGGUACUCCCUGGUGUUCUGGCAAAAAGUUGAAUAAAUCCAUCUUUGCACACGGGCCUCGUCGUACAGUUGGAGCAUACACUGCUUGCUCAGUGAUCAUUACUAGACAACUCCUCACAGUCACAUCCAAACAGUGUGGGAUCAUCCCGACAGAACAAAAGGCAGAAACAUCCAAAGGUUGGAAAAGUACUCCUGAAGAUACACACAAAACUAGCUCAGAGUUCAGAAUAACGUUAACUCAGUUGGUCUCUAGGUUAGGUUUACCAUUUAUUUUAGUAUUCCUCCAUCUAAGAUCAGGUUUAGCUCAGACAUGAAACCAACACUUCACUGGGAGCUGCAGGGCUCAGAGGGAACCGCUGAUGGCAGCUGUGAUGAGCUCGUUCUCAAACAUAAACAUCUGAUACAAACAGUGUAUAUUAAGAAAAUCUUUAUUAGAAGCGUCCAAUAUGAAACCACAAAUUAAAAAACAAAUUAACCUGAAGACAAAAUGAGAAGAACAUUACAGCAGCUGGAUUUCACAGGUUCAAACAUUUCAGUCAGUCUGUGCAAAAAAAGCUCAAACUCCCUUUUAAACGAUUCUGCUCGAGCGGGAACGUCGCCUGCGCCGCACGGAUCGACUCGCUGAUUUUCCAGGAGACAGUAAACGCGUCGCUGUGGAUCGGCGCCGUUUUCAGGACCAUGAAUCGUUCAUGUGCUGCAUCAACAUGGCAGCUUGUCCACGGGUCGCCCUGUGAGAACGCCUGAGCUCAGAGUAGAGACGCUCGAGGGACCAAUAAAAGACAUAAAGCA